AUGACAGAUAAGACAGAUAGGACAGAUAGAACAGAUAUGACAGAUUGGACAGAUAUGACAGAUAGGACAGAUAUGAAAGAUAGGACAGAUAUGACAGAUAGGAAAGAUAGGUCAGAUAUGACAGAUAUGAAAGAUAGGACAGAUAGGACAGAUAUGACAGAUAGGACAGAUAUGACAGAUAGGACAGAUAUUACAGAUAAGACAGAUAUGACAGAUAGGACAGAUAGGUCAGAUAUGACAGAUAGGUCAGAUAUGACAGAUAAGACAGAUAGGACAGAUAGGGUGAUGAAGGGUCAGUUUCAGGUGAUGAAGGUUCAGUUUCAGGUGAUGAAGGUUCAGUUUCAGGUGAUGAAGGUUCAGUUCAGUUACAUCCCUUACAAUGAAACAUCAAUGAAUACUGAGAAGAUAGAAGGAAAACAGAAAAAUAAGUAA